AUAAUGAUCAGACUCACGUUACAAAUGCUGGUUAACAAUCCAAUACAUUUAGUUUAGAUUGUUUCACAAAAGUAGUGGGCUAGUCUUUUACUAGUCCCGUAUUAGCAGACCAAUAUUGACUUCAUCAGCACAGGCAAAUGGCUGCUGCAAGAAAACGUACGCUAUCUGGAUUUGAAGAUGUGAUAGAUGGAAAAACAACGAUUUUCAAAGACAGCGGCGAGAAGAUACACGUUGCAGCCCUGAUCCUAGCUAGGGGAGGCAGUAAGGGGAUCCCGCUGAAGAAUAUAAAAGUUCUGGCCGGUGUCCCGCUCAUCGGAUGGGUUCUGAGAGCUGCCGUGGAUUCCAAACAGUUUGACAGUGUGUGGGUAUCAACUGAUCAUGAUAACAUUGAGAAGGUGGCCAAGGCAUGGGGAGCUCAGGUUCACCGCAGGAGCCCAGAGGUGUCCAAAGACUCCUCCAGCUCUCUCGACACUAUCCAGGAAUUUGCCCGAUUAAACCCAGAGGUGAAUGUGAUCUGUCACAUCCAGGCUACGUCUCCCUGCUUGCACCCCUUCCACCUGAAGGAGGCCCUGGAGUUGAUCACCAAUCAGGACUUCACGUCUGUCUUCGCCGUGGCCCGACAACACCACUUCCGCUGGCAGGAGGUCAAGAAAGGAGGUAGUGUAGCCACCAAGCCACUGAACCUUGACCCGUCUAACAGGCCCCGGAGACAGGACUGGGAUGGAGAGCUGUGUGAGAACGGAUCUUUCUACAUUCAUACCAGAGUGACAAUAGAGAAAGGCUUGCAGGGGGGAAAGUGGGCUUACUAUGAGAUGCUGCCAGAGUACAGUGUGGAUAUUGAUGUGGAUAUCGAUUGGCCCGUGGCAGAACAGAGAGUACUGAGGUUUGGUUACUUUGGCCUGGAGAAGCCUGAGGCGGUGCGUCUGCUGCUGUGUAACGUCUCCGGCUGUCUGACUGACGGCCGCGUCCUCAUCUCUGUCUCUGGAGAGGAGAUGGUCUCUGUCAACACCAGAGAUACCACGGGUAUCCGCAUGCUGCAGGGAGAGGGCGUGGAGGUGAUCUUGAUCUCGUCCAGUGAGGACCUGACCAAGGCCUUGGCUGACAAGCUGUCCCAGAGAACGGGCUGCGAGGUCAGACAGCUGGGCAAGGACAUCCAGAGCGAGACCAAAGCCAUGAUGGACGACAGGGAUCUGGGCUGGAAGGAAGUAGCCUAUAUGGGUAACGAUGCACCAGAUGUUGACUGUCUGAACCUGGCUGGGCUGAGUGCAGUACCCCGGGAUGCCCCAGUGGUGGCAAUCAAUGCUGCUAAAUACUCCUGCCACAAUGUUGCAGGCCUCGGGGCUGUGAGGGAGUUUUCAGAACUCAUCCUGCUGCUCAAGAAGAAGGCCAAGUCUCAGAUGGAACAGGACCGCAUCCACAGAGAUACAUUCUAAACUCCAGAAUGUGUUCUAAAGUCACAGAUAUACAUUCUAAACUCCAGAAUGGGUUCUAAAGUCACAGAGAUACAUUCUAAACUCCAGAAUGUGUUCUAAAGUCACAGACAUGCAUUCUAAACUCUAGAAUGUGCUCAAACUCUAAUCUGGCUCAGAUAUGUUCUAAACAAAGAGUUGCAUUCUUGAAGCCUGAGUGACAGUCUGUUUUUACUCGCUUGCCAGCUCCUUGUCAUUCCAAACAUAUUUGGCAUUACAAUUCCAAAAAGAGUUAACUAGAGAGCAGAAACAGACGGGCACUCAGGCUAUUUUAUUCUAGACUAUCAGACAAACCUAAACUCGUGCCUGUGCUAAAGAUUAGGCUAAAUGACCUUGAAGCUUAUUGACAAUCCUCAAUACUUUCUCUGGAGCAUUUACUCACUUUCAGGCACGUAGCUCAGGCUGAGGUGUUUUUUACAGGUUGUCAGAUCGAGGUAGUUUUAGUUUUACAGGUAGUGUUGACAAAUACAGUCAGUGUGUGUAUAGAUAUAUAUAUUAGUAUAUACACUGCAUGCACAAUUUAGGCAAGUGGGUAUUCUGAUAUUAUUUCAAUGCACAUUUUCCAACUCCCAAACUAUAUAAACUUGAAUGCUUAUUGGAGUUAAUCAUAUUUGUCUAAUGAGGGAGGAUGUGGCGAAAGUGAAUAACACCUUAUAAACUCAGCAACAAAAAAAAGGACCGUCCUCACUGUCAACUGCGUUUAUUUUCAGCAAACUUAACAUGUGUAA